UUAUCGUUUAGUACCUACUUACUACUUCAUUGAGCAGACCCAACUGCGCUAAGCCACUUCCAGACCGAGUAUCUCAGUAAUAUUGUUAUCUUGUCCAAAUGUUUGUGCUGCGCAUGAGUCGGAAACGUGUAUCGGUAACUUAUUGUCCGAGUAUUGAGUAAACUACCUCCUUCUUGUUUUCUUAACGCUUAUUACUAAGUAAUUAAUUUAAGUUCUCAUAAUAAGUAAAUUGUAAAAUUCUUAAUGGGAAUAAAUGAUCUUUAAACCUAAACCUAAAGAUGACCAGCCCCCAAAAGAUGAACAUUUGGUCUUAAAAUCGAUAUAAUUAAAUCGUGAAAUAUUUUACGCACCUGAGGGUAUUUUUUCCUAACGCGGCAAUACUUUGCCGAGGCUGACAUUUAAACUCCCAGACAAUUGUGAUGUGCGUGUGGCUGAGAGCGGUCGUCAAAUGCGCGGUCCACACCAAAAUCGCCAUUUGUAUGGAGAUCUUAAUAAGAUUAGCGCUUCAAAGUAUAAGCUUAUAAUUGCGUAUAAAUUGAAUUAUGACAUUUACUUACAUGAUUUUACACAGAAAAGAUUCUAGACUAAUUCUUCUAACGUUUUCUUUAUAAAGCAUUGCAUAUUUUAUCUUAUUUUAUUAAAAAUUUAAAAUAUUGUAUGCUUAAGCCAUAGAUGACCGGCGGUCAACUUUUGGGCAAGGGCUUAUUUUUUCAAAUCCUUGUAGAAAAUCUAAUAGAAAAGGUUGAUGCAUAAUUUUUGUUUUAAAUUGAUAGCUGACUAGGCCUUGAUUUUGUGACCGAAAUAUGAACAAAGCUUUCUUUUAUUUAACCCAGUUAUUUCAAGGGUUAUUUUAGUAUGGGCUGUUCAACUAAAAAUCUUAUCCCUAAAAGAUGAACUAUGAUAAUUUACUAGUUCAUCUUUUGGGCUCAAUUCCAAUACGUGAAUUUCGCAUUAAUUUUGAUAGUUUAUUUCUUCAAUACCGUGUCCAAAACUUGAACCAAGUAAUCGGUAGCUUAAUUAAUUUUUUAUAUUAUUUACAAAUACAAAUUUAAAAAGAGUAGAAAAUCGUUUUAAUUUAUUUCAGGAUCAUAUUUUCUUCUUGGAGCAAAAUUCCACCUAGGGCAUUUUAUUUCUAAGGAACAAAGUUGCUUAUUUCGUAAAUUUAAAAUAUAGUGAUAAAAUAUUAAUUGAGCUCGAAUGAGCAAGAGCCUAUGGUAAGUGGCUAAAUAUCCGUCAGGCAUGAGACCUUUUUUCCUGUGGCAUAAAUAGUCCUCUCUCUGGCACAAAAAAUUUAAACAGAUUUUAUAGACCAUUUUUUUCGCUACCGAUUACAAUUGCUCAGGUGGUCAGAAUUUAACAAAAGGGGCAAAGUUACACUCUAUCUAUACUAGUUUAUCUAUUGGCAUCAUGUCGUUCAAUAUUAGGGUACUUGAUUUUGGUUUUAUACUGGUUCAUCUUUUGGGGUCAAAACGUUCAGAGAUAGGGCACCGUGUUCAUCUUCUGGGCAUUUUGCCCUAUUUCAUCAUAUAAUAUUUUUUAUAAAUAAUACUGAAUUACAAUAUGAGCAUUUGCAAUAAUUAAUUCUAAUCUAGAUUAUGUGCUGAAUCAUAUUAAAAACUUAAUGUUGUUAAAAAUAAGUUACAACAUAUAUGUAAAAAAAAUCUAAAGUUGGGGUAGUCGCUUAACUGGUCAUCUUUUGGUGAUUUCACCCAACUUGAAAACAAAAUCAAAUAAUAGACAGCGCACUUCACUCCGUCAAUAACGCCUAGGUUCUUAACUAGCGCUACUUUGGAUAGAUUUGGAACUAUUAUAUCUGCAACAGUUCAACCAUAAGAGAUUUCACUCCUUUUAAUUCCACACUCCAUAACUCAUUUCAUCAAGAAAAUUGACAGAUACUGCGGCGGCAGAAACGCAAUCGUAUAUUUUAAGAAUUUGAAAUACAGGUGGAUUGUCAAAGAAAAUUUUGUAGCCACAGUGCACAGUAAAUUUACUGCCAUCUUACGACAAAUGAUUAAAACUUUUAGAACGCUAUUUGAAUUUUAUCCAUAUUCUUAUACUGAUAUGUGUUAGUUAAAUAUCAAAAAGUGGCGCCACUCUACCUUUAGCCGAUGUCAGGUAGCAUCGGCUAAAGGUAGAGUGGCGCCAUAGCUCGAAACGAUGCCGCCAUAUUUUUGGCCUUUGAUCUAUUUGACAUCUAUCCGAAACACGGGACUUAAUCGCGUAAACUUUAUCCCCGACGUUUCGAGAACGGCGUUGUCCCCGUGGUCCCAACGUGGUUACAACUUUUGUGUUGUUACAAUGUGGUCAAAAUUUUCGCAACAUGUAUACGUUCUGUACAAUUUGUACAAAUCUUACCUUGAGCUUGUUUUUUCCACAGUUUUAACCCUCGCGACCGAACAGCCUAAACAGGAAAAAGAAGACUGGCGGGAUUCGUCACAUUUAAGCAAUAAAUUUGAAAUAGAAAUAACAUCCUACAGCUCACCAAACGAGUCUGGACGGUAUCUGUCAAAUGCAAAAACUGUAACUUUAAUCGGAGAUCUGUUGGUUCAGUGGAACGUUGGAAUAUACAGCAAGGCUUUUGAGCCCUACAUGCAGAUUUGCGGCGGAACGCUAGUUACUACUAAGGCUGUAAUUUCAGCGGCGCACUGUUUUUGGAGAGACGGCGGCGCGCUGCCCGCCUCACAAUUCGCGGUGGUGGCCGGCAAACUUUACCGACCAUGGAACGAUAGCCAUGAUUUUAAUGCGCAGCACGCUGAAAUUUCUGCAAUCCACAUUCCCGCGCGUUUUCGCGGCGCCGCCACCAGUUUCCAAGCUGACAUAGCAGCAGUACUCUUGGCAAAGGAGUUUACAAUCACUUCCCGGGUCCACCCGCUCUGCGUCCACUUUGAUGAAGAUCUGGAGGCAGAUAUACUGCAAAGUGAUAAAAAAGGGUUGAUAGUCGGUUGGGGCCUGACAUCAGAAGACGGGCCGCCAUCACAGACGCUGCAGUAUUUGUACAUGCCAAAUGUGCCUAUCGAAGAGUGCAUCGCCGACGCAGAGCCCGGGUUCCUGAAGUAUAUUACCAGUGACAAAAUCUGUGCGGGCGUAACUACAGGCCAGUCAUUAUGCCGCGGCGACAGCGGCGGUGGUCUUGUCUUCUUCGAAAGCGAUUUCAUCUUCUUCGACACAGAUCUCGUCUUUGUCGACAGCGAGCACCCACAGCCCCUCCUGUACGGCAUAGCGUCCACUGCUCCACGCAGCGAGCACAGCUGUAAUACGCACGCCCGCGCCACACUCACGCGCGUGCUUGCACACCGCGCGUUUCUGCGUGCGCAUAUACCGGACAUAGAGAAUAAGUGCGUACGUGGGCUGUCCAGUAGAAUUCUCAAGUAAGCUCCUACUUCAGACAGGACAGUACGACGGAGUAGUGCAAGACCGCCAGUUCUUAAUUGUAACUGCAACAAUUCCACUCUACCGGCUAUACCCUAAGUUUCUUUAUACUGAUAAUGUUUUAUAUUGUAUUUAUUAUAUAAAUGUACAGUACAGUGAUGCAUCAGGAUACAUGGUGUUAAAUAUAUAAUUACCUACUUGGAAAUAGUAUAUACAUUCUACCUUUAACAUCAAAAGUUGUAAAAUUUUAAUUUCCAUCAGCCGCAUCCGGUAAGACGGAAGUUCCAUAAAGAUGGGAACGGGCCAGUGUAUCCACACAUGUACCAUCCUAAACCAACACCCGUCUCAUCUCCCACGGAAUCAAUGAUAUUCCUUCUAGCUUCUUGCCAUCGUCCCUCAGAAUGCCGGAGGGCUCCAGCAAAGUCGGCACGCUGGACCUACCAAGCGCGCAUCCCAAGAGUCUGGCACGUUCUGUCCAGUGCUACGGCUAAGGAGGUCAUCGUAUAGGUACAACUUUGGAGUCUUUGGACUGGAUGUCAUCCCAGGCCUUUUGUGAUUCAAGAUGCCAUAUAUUGACCA